AUGCCCGGACGCAUACUUUUCAGAUAUACCGUUGAAGAAGUGGCAAGACACAAUGACAUUUCUGACCUUUGGGUAAUCCACAAUAAAAAAGUAUAUGAUCUGACAGACUUUGUAACCGAUCAUCCUGGAGGUCCUGAGCUACUUAAAGACUGGGCAGGAAAAGAUGUUUCAAACAUCUUGUCAGAUCCUUCUUCACAUUUGCAUUCUGAAAUAGCUUAUGAAGUAUUAUUAGAGUCAUGUAUAGGAGAAGUGGUCCAAACUGCAGAUGAAUUUGAAGUAAAAAAUACAAACAUAGUUAAUGAUUAUCAAAAAGAAAAAUUUUUGGAUUUAACAAAACCAUUAUUUUUACAAAUGUUUAAUUGUAAUUUCACCAAAGAAUUUUAUCUCAAGCAAAUUCAUCAACCACGCCAUCUUCCAUAUUCAGCAAAGUUAUUCGGAAAUGAUUAUUUAGAAUUAUUGACCAAAACGCCUUGGUACAUUGUUCCAAUUUUAUGGAUUCCAAUAUCAGUUUAUCAUGGAUACAUGGCAUCCGAGGCUUUAAAUCCAUUACUAGUUUUUAUGUUAUUUUUAUGCGGUAUUGUAGUUUGGACUUUACUAGAAUACACUUUGCAUAGAUUUUUGUUUCAUGUUGACAAUUUUUUACCUGAUCAUCCUUAUGCACUUACAAUACAUUUCACCUUGCAUGGAAUACACCAUUAUUUACCUAUGGACAAACUAAGACUUGUCAUGCCACCGGUUCUUGGGGGUGCAAUUGCAUAUCCAAUUAUAACAUUAGGAAAAAUGAUAUUUCCUGAAAAUAUAGCACAUGGUAUAAUUGCUGGCGCAGUAUUUGGUUAUGUUUGUUAUGAUUUGACACACUACCAUCUUCAUCAUGCUAAACCUUUUGGUGACCAUUUCAAAACAAUGAAAACUUACCAUUUGGCUCAUCAUUAUAAAAAUUAUGAAUUAGGUUAUGGAAUUACGAGUAAGGUGUGGGAUAUAGCGUUUAGUACAGAAUUAAAAUAG